GGGGUUCCCCCCACACAGACUUCCUCCCGUCCCGCCGUCUGAGUGGUCUGGGGCGAGGCCAAGCGACGGGUAGCCCUUAGGACUCGUGCGAGUGCUUUUGUUGUCCCCCCGGGCUCUCCCUCUCUCUCCCUAGGCUAAUGGGCUAGUCCGGGAGGGGGCGGGGCCAGCAGGUAGGUGACAACGACCGCGCUCGGCCGGGACUCCGUGCUCCAGGGAUGGUGCCUUCAUGAAUAAUUUAAAUGACCCCCCCAACUGGAACAUCCUGCCGAAUCAACGAGAGCCCGGGGAUGAAGGCAGCAGAUGGAACUAUGCCUUGCUGGUCCCCAUGCUGGGCUUGGCUGCCUUCCGUUGGAUCUGGACCAGAGAAUGUCAAAAGGAAAUAGAAAGAGAAAAAAAAGAAUAUUAUAAAAAACAUUCAUCUUUACAAAAAGACUUGGAAGCCAAAUACCGGGAUAUAAUCACAGAAAAUCGUCGCACAGUUGCUCACUUGGAGUUGGAGCUUGAAAAGGAACGCAACAGAACCCUGAGUUACCGUGAGGCCCUCGUGUCCCAGAGCCGCAAACUAGUAGAAGAAAGAAGGAUCCUAGAACAGGAGCAGGAGAAGUUAGAGCAAGAAAAACAAGUCCUUUUGCACUCAGGAGCAGCAGGUAGCUUGUACCAAAGUUGUCUGGCAAAGGAAGAAAAGUGGCAAAAGAGAGCCAAUAUCUUACUAAAAGAAUUUGAAGAGGGACUUAAAGAAAGACAGGACAUCUACUGCAGUCUUGUUGUACCCAGAAGCCAGAGACUAGAAAUAGAGAAAAAUCUGCUAGUUAAAGCAGCAACUGAUCCUGUUGCUAUGGCUCUACAUAUGGAAAGUGGCUUAAAAGAUAUUUUCAAACAUGAUAACUACUGUGGCAAUCUGCUGAACAGAAACAAAAGUCAAAAUGGAAGACUUAUGUGGCUGUAUCUGAGGUAUUGGGAACUAGCAGUUGAACUACAGAAGUUCAAGAGGGCAGAAAAGGCCAUGUUAGGAAAAAGAUAAUUGGGGAAGUAAUGGGAUUUCAUGUGACCCACCAUGCAUAGUAGGGACAAUCACAGUUGUAGUCUGAAGCUGUUAAAUUCUCCUACUGUGUGUCUGUUUCUCCUCGUUGCACUUGUAUUUGCAUGGGACAUGUGCAGUGUUGGUGCCUUUCCUUUCACUGUCUAACAACAGAUUCUCCAGUGAGCUAUGCAUGCUCUUAAACUCUGUGAGUGUGUUUGCAUCGCAGACUGCAGCAUAGUAUAGAGAUAUGCCAGCUUCUAUAGGCAUCAGAAGCAGCAAAACAGAACUUCGUUUAGAGUGAUUUACCUAGUUGAUGGUCAUACUCCAUCAACAGAGAAGUGUGAUUUGUGUUUCCCAAGUGGGGUAGCACAUCGUGUUCCUUAUCCCCGAUGUUUUACAUGGUGUCUCAAUGCUAUCUUUUUUUUUUUUCUUCUUAAUUUUCUGUUUGUUUGUUCAAGCAAGACUGAUUUUGAGACAGAUGUUUGGAAGAGGCCAUGUUUGAGCAAGGUACUUGUCAUGGCUCCUGCAUGUAUAUACAUACAUUUAUAUAAAUAUAUGUGUGUGUAUAAAUGUAUGUAUUAGUAUUCUGGGGGGGGGGAAUAGUAUGAUCAUGUUUCAAAUUAAUCAGUCUUGCAUUGUCUUCCAGCUUAAUAUACAAAUAGUAUUUUAUGAAGGAAGUAUCCAAAAUAUGCUAAUUAAAAUAACACAUAAAGAAACAGCUUGAUGAAAGUCUCAUUGGAGCUAGGAAUCUAUGCUUGAAUACUAGAGAAUGUAUAACCUCAAAGCUGUAUUCUCAUCAUACUGGAGAUCUGCUAAGAAUACUUAAUGUUUUUUCUCUCAGUCAAAGUUUUAAUUGUAACCCAACAAUGUGCCUCUGUUAUAGACACCACCGUGCUGCUGCCUCUGCAUCACAGCGCGCUGGCUGCUACCUGGUUAGCUGGCGUGAACCUCCAUGGGUUACAGCCAUUGCACCUGGCUCUGUUCCUUGGGCUGAUCCUGUUUGUUAUUCACAGAUUGGAACCUAAACGCAGCCUGCACUGAUAGCCACUACCUCCCUCCCUGUCUGUCUCAGUUCUCCCAGAACUGAAGAAUGCUUUUGCACGACUCUUAAAUUUUGAGCUUGUGGUACACCACUUCACGUACACAUGACCCAUGAAAGCCAGUACAGUUACACAAGCUUUGCAAACUUUUAAGAAAGGGGGCUUUUUGCUUUAGUUAGCACAGUAAAGUAAACAGAUAUAGAUGUUUUAAAAAAACCCAGUGCGUUUCCAUGCUUGAAAACCCUUAAAACUUUGAGUGUUCUUUGGGUCCUUGUAGCAGUAGGAGCCACCUUCUUUUUCAAAUGUGUGAUGUAUUUCAGACAAUAACUUUUUUUCUUCCUCCUUUCUAAUCCAGCCAAAUCAAAGGGGCAGUGUUCACCCUUUUGUUUAGAACAUCUGGUCUCCUCUGUUACUUGACUUUGAUUAGUGUUGUUAGGUUGUCAGAUCUUUAAUUAGCAGUUCUUUAUUUACUGAGGGCUAGACCUGACAAACACGUUUGCCGUAGGCAAUCAGCGACUGGGUGGCCCAGAAGCAAUCCAGCUAAGUGAAUGCCCAGCCAAGUUUAACAAAGCACUCCAGCAGAUAUAGGUGUUUCUCUUAUUAUCUCCUUCUGGUUUCAUUUAAGUCUGGGCACAGAAGACUGCAGAUAAAUCUUUUGAAGCAGUGUGUGCAACCUAAUCCAGUUACUCAGCAAAAAUAUCUAACAUGAAACAGAACUCUUAAACAGAAUGCCUUUCCCAACUACUUAGUUUUCUAGUUGUGUUUUUCCUCACCUUGGUGGUGCUAAUUAUACUGUUCUAUUGAUUCAUUAGUCUCUUAUGUUCUGAUUUUUUUUUUAAGUUAUAGUAAGUUGUGAAGGAAAAAAAAAAAAAGGAUACGUCACAAACACCAGAAAUGCCAACGUCUGUCUGGAUGCCAUGCACGUGUGGGUUGGGAGAUGAGAAUGCAGCUGCGUUACUACUAGUGUGUGACAGCCUGAGCCAAGCUUCUUUAGCUGGCCAUAUGCGUGUGCCCUAAUUGCCCAGCAGAACAAAUUAGUUUGAGCAACUUAUUACCCUGUGUAUAAUUCCUCCAGGAUGUGAAAGGUGUCUAACCACAUAGCUGUGGUGCAUUUUGUAUGUACACAGAGGCAGUUAGGCAACUCAGCUGACAAACAGCAGCCAGUGAAUCAAUGCCAAUGUAAUUAAGACUCAUGCCUUGAGUUUUUAAUAUUAAGAACCAGUGAAUAUGUACAAGAUCAAACAUGUUAUGCUUUUUCAGUUUUUUCAUAGUUUGUCACCAACAUCACUCAAAAUGUUUAAAGACAGUGUAAUCAAGAGGGUAAAAUACUUUUUUCAGUAUAAAAGUGUAAGCUGAGGCAUCAUAUGCUCGAUUGUACAGGGUUGGAUGCAAUGCAAUAAAUGAUAGUUGCUUUCA